AUGAGCAUUCCUGAACAGCCAUCAGACACCAGUAUCUUCAAGCCGCAACACGGUUAUGCUGACUUAGACCACAAAACCCACGAGUAUUCGGGGGACCCUACGCCCUUUAAGCCCCAGCAGAACAAGGCUGCAGACUUUUUCCACGACAAGACCGAUAAGGAGCACCAGAAGAAAUACGCCAAAGAGGGGGGCAAGAGAUUAUUUGGCAUCCUCCAGAGAAUAUUGUGCAACUAA